CGGAAAAUAGCGGGAAAACGUAGCGUUUGUAAACGUUUAUUAGUAAACAGAAUUUCGCGCCAAUGCAGCAGUGUCAACAAAGUUAAUAUUUUCGUUGAAUCCGCUUCUACCUGAUUUUACCCGGAAUUACCAGGUAGAAAAUUAAAAAAAUAUAUUAGGGGCACCGCAUAAUGACUAAUUUGUACGAACUGGGAUAUGCCAAAGACCGAUGUACAUACCCUUUAUAAGAGUUUGUAUGCCAAUCCAGAGUUCAGUCUACUUUGGUGCUUCAUGCAGGACAGUUGAUAGUUAACUGUCUUGCAGUGUAGACGCGGGAUGUGUUUGUAAAUACAAGGGUCAACACCCCUUGUGUUUAUUACGUAAAACAUUUAAAUAACUAUUAUUGUUUUUUUUUUUAUUAUUUUAACAUUCACCACAUCUACUUAUUAGUUUAUACCGGACUUUGUGCAAUAUUAGACGGUGUGCGUGUAACCCCGUUGCGCGCAUCGUCCCUGUGAUAAGAGGGCCCUGUGAUAUCGACGACUUCGUCUUAGCUUUAAAAUACUAGUUAGGUUUUAGUUUAUACAAAGAAAAAAACAAGGAAAAAACAAAACAAAAUGUCUCCACCAUUAGAUAUACUCCACUUCGACGGAUGGGAGACUUUGGACGAAGAGACAAUGGAGUUGGCUCAGACAGAGUUUUGGACUCAAGUGCAGUACGAAACAGAUCGGCUGGACUUGCUUUCGCCUUCAAAUCUGUCACUGCUGAACGACAGCGAUAGCGAUUGGAGAAUCGCGGAAUCUCCUGAGGAGUUGCACAAAGAGAACAUCGUGCACCACGAUUGUAUGUGGGCUGGAUCGUGUAUAGACUCUGUGCAUCCGACCAACACUUUCGUGCCCUCGGAUUUGAUCACCGCUACGCCUGGACAGAGUCUACUCCGACGGGAAGCUUCUCCAGCGAGACCUGAUACUCCGCCCUCGUUGGAUGGCGAUGAACCACCGCAGUUUAGACAUGCGGUCGACGUGGCUGGAACGGCUUUACGGCUCUUGAGGGACUCUGCAGCGGUGGCAGCUGAUCAUUCAUACACUCUAGCUCGGCAACACAUCGACUACCUCGGCGUUCAAACACCUUCGGACUCCUGUGAAUCAGAGGAGGAAAUCGACGUGGUGUCACUGGGAACGACGCAGCAACCGUUGGCAUCAACAUCGCAAGUGGACUCACUGUCGCGGACGCCGUCCGUGCAAGAGCGGCAUUACAUACAACGGUCUGUGGACGUCAUGACGAGACCGCCGGCCAGGAAGCGUCUCAUACCACCCACCAGCAUACCCAGUGCGUCCGUCCCGCGCCGGCGGAGAGGUCCAGGUAGACGUGGACGCUCCAACACGGACACAGACUCGGAGGGCGACUCGCCCGAGAUCGAACGCCGUUCAAUGCACAAUGACAUGGAACGCUUGAGGCGUAUCGGUCUCAAAAAUCUCUUUGACGAACUCAAAAAGCAAAUACCGGCGACUAAAGACAAAGAGCGCGCGCCUAAAGUUGUCAUCUUACGCGAGGCCGCCGCCCUCUGCCGCAAACUGCGGGAGGAGGAACUCGAGAGGGAAUACCUCAAGAAGCAACAGAACAAAUUGUACACCAAGCUCAAAAAGCUUCGCACCAUGCAAGCAUCGCGCUACCGCCCCUAUUGAGCGAGUGAAGGACUUUUUUGGUAAAGGUUCAUUCGGGAGGCAUGGCCUUCUCCGCGCUAUACUUACGGACUUGAAAUGUAAGUCGGAAUGUAUGCUUAUACGAAAGGUGUCUACGUCAUCCAAUAUUGUUGGUAUAAUCCAUUAUCAUUAUCACCAUUUACGGCUUACUCUGCUUCUGUGAGAAUACGCGUUAGGUUAGUUGCGCCACGAUUAAUGCGGGUUUGUUUUGCUCAAACGGCGUUUCUCUGUGCCAAAGUGGGCCAUAAAACUGGUGUAUACAUCCAUUGGUCUUCAGUAAAACAUCUUUAAUAGUUACAGACUGCUUUAUGAACUAGUAGACUGGUUUUACCUCGGAAAUUUGAAACUAAAAUAACAAUAGACUUCUAGUGUUAGCGAAAUUAAAUCCCGAUUUGAUUAUAUUGACAUGAUUUUAAGAUUUUUUACUGGACCUUCCGUAGAGAACGCGACAAUCGCAGUGCGUUUUCGUUAAUGAUGUAAAUAAUAAUCGGUAGAGUGACGAUAGUCUUGAAUUUAUUAGUUAGGCUGGCAGAAGGUUGUCGUUGGCUUUACAUGAAGUUCUAGGGGCGCUGGCCACUAUAUAUGUUUUCGGCCCGGUUCGUAGGAUUUUCUUUAUUAUCUCGCUCUACGACAGUGGAUGAGAGCGGGGUAGUGAUAUUGUUUAUACAAUAUUGUUUGAUUUGAUAUUAUUGUAAGUGUACACUUCAGCUGGGUAUGCAUUGUGAUCGCGAUACUAUAACGCGUCAAUAUAGCUUUAAAUGGAGGCGUUUGUUCUAACUCCGUGUCUCUGAUUGGGAAAAGCCGGAAAUAGCUCACGACUGCAUCAGUCUUGCCAACAUUUCGGGCGUACACGAUACGUUAUAGGCCCGCGACCGUAGAGAUUACCCAGUCUUAGAAUUCCGCUUACGGUUUUUUUUGUAGUGUUCUUGUUAUUUUGUAAAUUUUAACAAUUUUAAUGUUUUUUUUACACGUAAUAUUUUAAUCGCGCAAUUAACUCCGUACAUAUAAUAUGAAAUAAAAAACAAUAUAUUCGCAAAAACCAAUAAAAAGUUGGACCAUUUUUUGGCUUCUAGUACGUUAGUAUAUUUGCACCCAACAUCAAAAUGUAUAAUAUAUACAUAAGUGUAUAUCAUUUGUAUAGAAUCGAUAAGGUAAUUUUUAAUAAAUUGUACACGUGUCCGAUUGUUUUCGUUGUAGGGUUAUAAAUGUGAUUGAGUUAUUUUUAAGGAUUAAAACGAUUUUACUCAUAUUGAUAUCUUAAUCAUUAUCACCUGUAAAUUUGUAAAAUUUAUUGACAUUUUAACAGAAACAUUAUAUUUAAGAAGUCGAAAAUAAUUUGGACACGUGAAGUCGUUUUCUAAUUCAUCAUUAUUACUACAUUUUUACAUUUUGUAUCCAAAUUUUAUCGUUUCUUUGAUUAAGUAUGUUUUUAUUUUUAUCCACACCAUAAUGACGAUCGCAAUAAUCAAAUAGUUUUAAAAUUAAAUAUGUUUCUUACUAUUGUAACAUUCAGCCAGUGAAAUCUCAGUGACUAGUGUCAGUUUUAUGAUACAAAAAAAAAAAAGAAAUAAUAGACUGUGUAUAUUGAUAACAACAUCAAAACCUAAUUGCAGUUGGCCCGUUUUUGGGCAUUUAACAUAAAAAAAUAACCACGAAAUAGUUCCUCAUAGUACCUACUAAUAGAAAAUGUGCAUUUUCUUUAUUAUUAUUAUUAUUAUAUUAAUAUUUUAUUGCAGUAAGUUAGUGAUGUAUCGCGAUAGUUACGAAGUCGAAAGCGUAAGCCUGGUUGGGAAGGAAAUGUCAAACAACCGGACUACCCUCCGUUCUCGUUUUUGACAGUUGCUAACUGACGAGUUUGGCGUUCUCAAAUCAUCGUGUUUUGUAUAGACGGAACCGGUUGGCAACCUGUCUGAAUAGCAACGCAAUAAGAGGGGCUGGUUUGUAUCUUGGGCGCCGUGCUUUCUAGCCGGGCUUCGCAUAGGUUGAUGUUUUAUCAAGCACAUGGUCAGCAGAAUCGUAAGUUAUGAAGGCUUUAAUUGUGUGCGGAAUGUGCCUUGCUAUUUGUACAUAUAAAUAUAUAUAGAUAAUAUUAGGUUUAUACUCGAAUUAGUUGCAAGAAAUAUUUUUUUGUGAGAAAUAUUACUGUAGGCAUAUAGCGUUGUUCUUAUAGGUAGUGGUACACGAGGAGGUUUUAUACACGGCGAUCAGUUUCUGGUCUUACAAUGGCGAUUCUAUCAACAAUUUCGGCUUGUAAUAAAUUCGUUAAGUCACUGGUACUUUACCAAAAAUCGGCUAUAUUAAUGGUAAAUGGUAUUUUUUAACCGACUUUCAAAAAGACGGAAAGGAGUUGUACUUUCGGCUGUAUGUUUUUUUUAGGAUAAACUUUGUUUUCAGAGUUUCAUGUACUUCUUUAAAUUUUUCUGUAAUUACUGAUUGGCACACGGAAAGCCAAAAUAUAAAAAAAAACCACUUAGGGUCGCCCAUGUAAGAAGAAAAUGUAAAUCGCCGUGUAUAUAUCGCGUUAAAGAUUCGCAGUUUAUCUUCCACUAGGCGUAAAAAUGUACAUAAUAGGGACUAGAUCAUAGAUGUAUGUCAUCUUUUUUAUAAACGAUUUUUUUUCUAGUAAUUGUUUUUUUUUUUUCAUAACUGGAGAGUUACGAAUUCUCGAAUGUUGUACCUGCAUUUAAUUUUUUUUUUGUUAAUCUUGACAUAAAUAAUAAAGAUAUUGAAUUAGUUAUUUUGAAAGUAACAUUGGUUUCAUUCAGUGUUUAAUGGAAAAAUAGAUUUAAAUAAGGAAAAGUCAGUAAGUUAAUGGUUUAAUAGUAAGGAAUGACAGCUUUAUAUUCGACAUACUAAUCGGAAUGAUUAAAGCAAAGGCAAUGCACAUAAUUUGUGACAAGGCACAUUUCCACCACUGCCAAAUGGAAAUAAUGAAUAGAGACAAAAUAUUAGCAACUUGGUUUGUAUAUUUUAUAAAAUUAAGGUUGGGAUGAUUAAGUCAUGUUAUAGUUUAAUUAUUAUUACUUUUUCUUUUGUAUAGUAUCCUAUGUAAGCUGUAACAUCUAACCGUUGUUUGUGGGUUGCCAGUACCCUCAGUAAGACAUCGCAAAUCUCGGGAAUCUAUGUAUUUUUUUUUGAAAAUUAAUAAUGUUACAUAAUUAAUUAAAAUAUCACGCUAGUGUUCCGUAUUUUAAAAAUACAAAGAUUCUAGGGAGUUUGCGAUUUCGCACUAAAGGUACGAAUUUUAAAUUGAACGUUAUUUCAAUGCCGGCCGGUUGGCAGCCAUGUUUUUAAAAAUGGCGGGAAGCGAUAGGACGCUCCCGCGGCGCGUGCGCAGACAACGGUUGCCAGCACCCCGCUACAGAGAAUGCAAGAUGCUAAAUAGAUUCCGCCUAACAUUAACUUUGCACUUUGCAAUCUUUGAAGCGGCGUUUAGAAAAUACAAGAAAACAUGUGUACUUACCACGGUCUUGAGUUAACGGAUACUAUUAUUGUGAAAAGAAAAGUUUUUUUGGUUUUUGUUCCUUAAUUAUGUGUAUCGAAAGAUAAGAUAAUCAUUAAAUAUGGAAAAUAAAUGUAUGUCGGAGUGUGCAGAGGUGGGAAACAGUUGGAUAGAAGAUUGUGAUUUUUAUACUUUUUGGUGUAUAUUUGGGGGUAGUUGUAAAUUGACGUUCAGAUUCUGUGAUUUUAUGUACCUGUGUGGUACUGUUGGGGAGCUGUUUCCCGAGCUCUGCUCAUUUCGGCAUUUAAAAAAAUA